AUGGAACACAACACUCCCUUCUCUGGCGUUCCCGCCAACGGUGGCCCUGCUCCUGGCCAGAUGCCCUUUGCCAACGGUACCCCCCCGGCUGGCGACAUGGCUGUUCCCCCUCCCCCUGGCUCCGCCGGAGGUGACUCUCCCAAGACGACUCUCUGGAUGGGCGAGCUUGAACCUUGGAUGGACGAGAACUUCAUCAAGGGUGUCUUUCUCUCUUCGACAGCCGAGACUGUCAACGUCAAGGUCAUCCGCGACAAGAACUCUGGCAACGCUGGAUACUGCUUUGUCGAGUUCCAGACCCCCGAUGCCGCUAACAAGGCUCUGGGGCUGAACGGGACCCCUGUCCCUAACAGCUCGCGCCAGUUCAAGCUCAACUGGGCUUCCGGUGGUGGUCUCGUUGACCGACGUGAGGAUCGCGGACCUGAGUAUAGUAUUUUCGUCGGCGAUCUCGGUCCCGAAGUCAACGAAUACGUUCUUGUCUCCCUUUUCCAGGCUCGUUUCCCCUCUUGCAAGUCGGCUAAGAUCAUGACGGAUGCUAUGUCUGGCCAGAGCCGCGGCUACGGCUUCGUCCGCUUCUCCGACGAGAACGACCAGCAGCGUGCCCUUGUCGAGAUGCAGGGCGUCUACUGCGGCAACAGGCCCAUGCGCAUCUCCACGGCCACUCCCAAGAACCGUCACAGCAGCAACAACAACCACCACGGUUUCAACCACGGUCACCACGGCAACCCCAUGAUGGGCGGCGGCAUGCCCCAGCAGCAGAUGUGGGCUGGUAAUGCCAUGGGAGGAUUCCCCUACGGCGGUGGCGGCGGCGGCGGCGGCUUCAACCCCGCCACCCAGAUGAACCAGUUCACCGAUCCGAACAACACGACCGUCUUCGUCGGUGGCCUCUCGGGCUACGUGACCGAGGAUGAGCUCCGCUCCUUCUUCCAGGGCUUUGGCGAGAUAACAUACGUCAAGAUCCCUCCUGGCAAGGGCUGCGGCUUUGUCCAGUUUGUCCACCGCCACGCCGCCGAGAUGGCCAUCAACCAGAUGCAGGGCUACCCCAUCGGUAAUUCGCGCGUCCGCCUCAGCUGGGGCCGCUCCCAGAACAACUCCGGCGUUGGUACCCCCUACCGCCCUGCCCCCCCUCCUCCUCAUUACCUGGGCAUGCCUGGGCAUGGUCCUGCCGGCCCCGGCGGUCCUGGCGGUCCUGGCCCCUAUGGUCCUGCCUUCGCCGGCCCCCAGGGACCUGCUGGCCCUCAGGUGAGCAUCCUCUCGUAA